UUCUCGGGGAGAGUAUUUUUUAUAGUCUAUGGAGUAGACGCGACAUUUGCCGCAAGUAGAAAGGAGUGGAGCGAUUGAGAACGAAAACUCUUCUUUCAUGUGGAUUACUUCUGGAAAAAACAAACCCCUACCAAAAGCGGAAACUAGCUAAUACAUUAGGAACAACAUACAAAGACUGGAAUUAUACGGUCGCUGUCUACAGGACCCAACCCAUGAUGUACAGCGCCUGCUCUACAGCCCCACCCACUUCCUGUCUGUAGAGGAAGCGGCUCCACCACUAUGUCCUCCCACCCCCAGUCUGUGCCUCAGGGCCGGAGGGCUGUGGACACCCGCCACCUGCCAAACCCUGCCAGUCUACCACUGCAACUGGCACGGGCACACACGGAUGUGGGACUGGUGGACUAUCACCCUCACUCUCGGGACUACAGCUCCCACCUGGCUCAGCCCCACCGCCGCAGACCCUCUCUGCUGUCCGAGUUCCAGCCAGGGAAUGAGAGAGGUCAGGAGCAACACAUCCGCUAUGAGCACAUAUACCUGCCCGAUCCCAACAGCCUAUCAGAGAUGGAAUAUGCUGAGAUGAAGCGUCCUCGGCUGGACAUGGGGCCGGAGUCUCUCAUGAGGCACUCGGCCCACCGCCCACAACUUCCUCUGGGAGGGGCAGAGGACAUGUCAAAGGACCGUGGCAGCUCCAUGGGGAAGCUGGAGCCCAUCUCCCCCGUCAGCCCGGCCCAGAUGGACCCUGAUCUGGACCUGGUGCCCGCCCGCUUCUCCAAGGAGGAGCUCAUCCAGAACAUGGAUCGUGUGGACCGGGAGAUUACAAUGGUGGAGCAACAGAUCUGCAAGCUACGCAAGAAACAGGUACAGCCACAGCUGGAGGAGGAGGCAGCAAAGCCCCAGGAGCCUGAGCGGUCCAUGAUCUCCCCUCCGCCCAGCGAGGCCAAGCACCGUAGCCUGGUGCAGAUCAUCUACGACGAAAACAGGAAAAAGGCAGAGGAAGCUCACUGGAUUCUGGAAGGACUGGGACCCCGAGUAGAACUGCCUCUGUACAACCAGCCCUCCGAUACCAAGCAGUACCAUGAGAACAUCAAAAUAAACCAGGCGAUGAGGAAGAAGCUCAUUCUUUACUUCAAGAGGAGAAAUCAUGCUCGUAAGCAGUGGGAACAGAAGUUCUGCCAGCGCUAUGACCAGUUGAUGGAGGCCUGGGAGAAGAAGGUGGAGCGCAUUGAGAACAACCCCCGGCGCCGGGCCAAGGAGAGCAAGGUACGCGAGUACUACGAGAAACAGUUCCCUGAGAUCCGCAAGCAGAGGGAGCUGCAGGAGCGCAUGCAGAGUAGCCGGGUGGGGCAGCGUGGAGGGGGAUUGGCCUCGUCUUCAGCCCGCAGUGAACACGAGGUCUCUGAGAUCAUCGACGGCAUAUCAGAGCAAGAGAACACCGAGAAGCAAAUGCGUCAGCUGGCGGUCAUCCCUCCCAUGCUAUUUGACGCAGAGCAGCAACGUAUCAAGUUCAUCAACAUGAACGGCCUGAUGGACGACCCCAUGAAGGUGUACAAGGACCGGCAGGUCAUGAACAUGUGGAGCGAGCAGGAGAAGGACACCUUCCGUGAGAAGUUCAUCCAGCACCCAAAAAACUUUGGCCUGAUUGCUUCUUUCCUGGAGAGAAAGACAGUGGCAGAGAGUGUCCUCUUCUACUACCUGACCAAAAAGAACGAGAACUACAAGAACAUUGUGCGCAGGAACUAUCGGCGCCGUGGCAGGAGCCAGCAUGGCCAGCAGCAGCAACAACAACUGCAGGUGAACCGCAGCAGCCAGGAGGAGAAGGAGGAGAAGGAGAAGGAGAAGGAGAAAGAGAAAGAGAAAGAGAAAGAGAAGGAGGGAGAGAGGGAUGAGGAGAAGACUGAGGGGGAAGACAAGGAGGAUGUAAUGAAGGACGACACCUCCGGCGAGGACGGGGAGGACAAAGAGCCCACGGUGGCUUUCAAGGGUCGACGCACGGCCAACAGCCAGGGUCGCCGCAAGGGGCGCGUCACCCGCUCCAUGACCAGCGAGGUGGAGGAGACCACCACUCCACCGCUCAGCAGCGAACUAGCCAAUCUGGAGAUGAAUGAGAGCUCUCGCUGGACUGAGGAGGAGAUGGAAACCGCCAAAAAAGGUCUUCUCCAGUAUGGUAGGAAUUGGUCGGCCAUCGCCAAGAUGGUUGGCUCCAAAACUGUGUCACAGUGCAAGAACUUCUACUUCAACUACAAGAAAAGGCAGAAACUGGAUGAGAUUCUGCAGCAGCAUAAAAUGAAAUCGGAGAGAGAGCGUAAGGCGCGCCGUAAAGGCAAAGCUCUACAAAGUGAAGAGGCCAGCGCCCCGUCUGCUGCCGAGGAAGAGGAGAUGGAGGGUUCCGGGGCCAGCGGCAACGAAGAGGAAGCUCCCGAGGAUGGAGAAGGUGGGGCUAACAACAGCUCGGACACAGAGAGCCUGCCCUCUCCGCGUUCCUCUGAGGACAGCAAGGCUAAAGAGGAGGGUGGCGGUAGGGCCAAGGCUGGCUCCAAACCUGGGGACAAGGAGGCCUCAGGCUCCCACAUGGUCCAGGGAGGAGAUGAAAAGCCCCCAGGAGAUGGGGACAAGGCCAUCAAGCAGGAGGUGAAGACUGAAGCAGGGGAUUGUAGCAAGGAGCUACCCAGUGAAUCCACAGACGGAGACAGAAAGCCCACCACUGCAGAGGCAGAGGAGAGCAAGAGCUCCUCCAAGAGCUCCAAGAGGGACCACGAGCCCAAGACGGGCUCCCAUGCAGACAGUGACUCUAGCGCCACCUGCAGCGCUGACGAGGUCGAGGAGUCGGAGAACACCGAGAAGAACAGGAUGACGUCCCCAAACCGGCCCAGCCUUCUAAACUAUGCUCAUGAUGGGGUCAUCUCCUCCCCCCUGCAGAAGCCCAUGGACCUGAAGCAGCUCAAACAGAGGGCUGCGACCAUCCCCCCUAUUAUGCCCCAGAUCCCGGAGGGUGGCCCGCGGGGUGGGGUUGGUAAGGCCGUGCUGCCCCCCCAUGCCCUGGCUCUCUACCAGCAGCAGAUCACCAUGGCCCACGGAGAGUCCUCCCAGGAGGCCAAGCAGCAGCAGCAUGCAGGUCAGCCCAGCAAACAGCACCCUUACCCAGCGCAGGGAGACAGAGACCCCCACAACAUCAGCAGCCCCCGCGUCCGCCCACGCAGCCCCUCCACCAGCGACAAGGACGAGCUGGAAGGCAACGAGAGGUGGCUGCAGACUCUACUUCACGGAUUACAUAAGUCCCGGGCCUUCUCUCCACACGGAGACCCUAAGAAGCAGGCGGUGGGGCCAGAGGACCUGAGGGCCACUACCCUGGGCCGGCCUGUCAUGUCCCCCUACCCAAUGUCCCCUCGAGACAUGGCCAAGCUCAGCCACGAUCAACACCUGCUCCAUUAUAACUCCUCUUUCCAGCAGGUUGGACACUCUGGGCCCCCUGGUCUGCAGCAGGAUGGCGUCAGGUUGGCAGCGGUGCGCCCCCUCCACAUGCCAGAGCCACCCCCUCUCAUCUCCUCCAACAAGCCAGGGGGGUCUAUCACACAGGGAACCCCAGUGCAGCUGCAUAGCCCGGCUCACGGGAUGGACCAUGGGAAGAUGCCCCCUGCACAGAUGGGUUUGUCCUGGAUGGAUCAGAGGAAAGUGGGUCCCUACCCCGUGGUGAAGCAGGAGCAGCUGUCCCCGCGGUGCUCGUCCUCCCAGGCAGAGAACCUGUCCACGCAGGGGGCGCCCCACGACGCCAACGCUGGACGUGGGUCCAUGCCAGCGGUGCAGGGGGGCAGCAUCACGAAGGGCAUCCCUGGGACCAGAGUUCACCAGGACUCCCCCAUCUCCUACCGAGGAGGCUCCAUCACCCAGGGCACCCCGGCUGACGUUCUGUACAAGGGGACCAUAACCCGUCUGAUCACGGAAGACAAUCCCAGCAGGGCAGAGAGGGAGCGGGACGAGGCCCUGUCCAAAGGACACGUGGUCUAUGAGGGCAUCAGCGGACACAUCCUCACCUAUGACCGCCUACCCUCUCAGAACCCUAAAGAAGACAGCCGGGGCCAGCCUGGGGAGAUCUUGGGGCUGAAGCGCCCCUAUGAUGUCAUGGAGGGAGGGAUCUCCAGGGGGCUGCCCAUGAGGGACUCUCUGUCUGCAGCCAACUGUGAGGGUCUGAUGGGUAGAGCCAUGCCCCAUGAGAGAGACAGCCCACACCCGACCCACCACAUCCGUGGUUCCAUUUCACAGGGUAUCCCCCGUCACAUGGAACCCCAGGAUGGCUACAUGAGGCGAGAGCCCAAGCAGAUGAAGAGAGAGGGCUCCCCGCCCCGAGGGCCUGGCCAGAUGGCUGACCCCAUGAAGGGACGAGACGGCAUGGUGCCCACCGUGAAGGAGGGGGGCCGAUCCAUCCACCUCAUCCCCAGAGAGGAGCUACGACAGAUGCCCGAUGGCAUGAUGAUGGCCAAGGCUGGCAAAGAUGGCAUCAUAGCACAGGGUGCUCCUAUGAAGCAGGAGCAGGGUGGCUUAAGGAAGGGGCAUGACGUUCGUUCCAUCAUCGCCAGCUCCCCACGCUCUCACUACGGCAUGCCCCCUCACCUGGAGAUGCGGGGGCCUGAGCAGCGGGGCCGCUACGAGGAAGGUCCUAAGGGUCGGCCCAGCGCUGUGGUCAGCACGGCCAGCUCCAUGGCCCGCUCCUCGCCUCUGGCCAUGGGGGGCGAACAGGGUGGCAAGGCCCACCACAGCCCCGUUGGCUACGAGGAACACAAGGGUGGCAUGAGGGCUCCCUACACUGGGCCUUCUCACAGAGGAUCCCCCCUGUCCAGAGAAUCAGGCCAGCGGCAGCAUGAAGGCUCCAAUAAGAAUCAGCCUCAGGAGCGCAAGUCCACACCCACCCCUAGGGAGAUGAGCUCCGGCAAGUCACCGCUGCCGGGCGUUGCCGAGCAGCAGGCCCAACAACAGGCCCAACAACAGGCGUCCCUGGCGUCGUACGAGCGUCUGCUGCAGGGUCUGGGGGCUGACGUGUACCGAGGCCAGAUCCCCCUGGCCUUUGACCCUGCUGCCCUGCGUCAGGGCAUCCCCAUCGACCCAGCGUACUACCUGCCUCGCCACCUGGCCCCUAACCCUGGCUACCCUCACCCCUACCCCUACCUGAUCCGGGGCUUCCCCGACACGGCGGCCCUGGAGAACCGCCAGACGCUGCUCAACGACUACAUCACCUCCCAGCAGAUGCACCAGUGGCCUGCAGCCGCCGCCAUGGCUGCCCAGCGCUCAGACCUGCUGAGGGGGCUCUCACCACGGGACCAGCCCCUCCAACUGCCCUACUCUGCUGCCCCGCGCGGGUCUUCCGGCUCCCCCAUGGACCGCAUCACCUACAUCCCUGGAGCCUUCCCUAGCCAGCCAUACACCUCCUCUCCCAUCUCACCAGUUGGGCCCCAACACAUGAGCAAGCAGCACGGCACACCGUCCUCUGCUGACCGCGAGCGGGAGAGAGACCGGGAGAGAGACCGCGAGAGGGAGAGGGAGAGAGACCGCGAGAGGGACAGGGAACAGGAGAGGGAGAGAGAGAGGGAUCGCGAGAGACAACGGGACAGAGACAGAGAACGGGAGAGAGAGCGGGACAGGGACAGAGAGAAGGGGAUCUCUCACGGCAACGUGGAACAUGCCCCCAUCUGGAGACCAGGCACAGAGCACAGCUCAGGUGGUAGUGUCAGGCCCUCCUCCCACUCUGGCUAUGGCCACCAGCACUCCCCGGUGUCCCCUCGCACCCAGGACAGUGUCCAGCAGAGGCCCAGCGUCCUGCACAACACUGGGGGCAAGAGUCUGCCUGUCAGCGACCACAACAACCCCUCUGUGCUAAGGUCCAUGCCAGGCUCAAAUCGCUACCCAGGCUACGGCUACCAACAAAGCAUGGACUCUAAGGAAAUGGGCCGGGAUGGGGGCAAGAGUAGGGGAGGCCUUCCCAAACACACCCAAGAUCAACAUGGGCCCUCUAUAUCCUCCAGCAAAUCUGACCCCAAGCUGGCCAGCCCUAACCAAGGGGGUUACCCCAGCCCCUACCCCCAGGGCUCUUCAGCCUCUCACCACUCAGGGCGACCCCCUCACCUGCUGCCCCCCCAGUCGGAUAACGCUGCUGGCCGUGGAGAAAGUGGCACACCUAGUAGGGAAAAGACUCAAAACAAACCGAUGUCCGUUCAGGAACAAGAGCUCCGAGCACUCGGUAAGACCACCAUGACUGCGGCCAACUUCAUAAACGCGAUUAUCAUGCGUCAAAUUUCUUGUGAAACGGGGAUGCCAGAGACGGGCUCGCUCGUGGCCAACAGCGCCAGUGAUGUUCAACAGAAGAUGAUGCCCAUGGAGCAGCACGGUCCGUACCGUUCUCCCUCCGAGGAGAGGCUGUCCCCAGGCCAGCAAUCCCCCCUGACGAAAGGCAGCCAGAGGGUGGUCACCCUGGCCCAGCACAUCAGUGAGGUGAUCACCAAGGACUACACCCGGCAGACCCAGCAGGCCCAGCAGCAGGUCCCUAUGCAGCAGUCUUACCAUAGCAACUCUGUCCUGGACCUGACCCGGCCCCCCAGCGCCCCCCAGGCCCCACCUGCCUCCCAGGAGCCCAGCCAGGGGCCUCGCUACACUCCAGAGGGAGCCGGAGGGGAUCGUGCCCGAGACAGGUACUGCCCAGGUUUUAUACUGUAUAUGGCACCGCUCUGUAUCUUCCUAUGAGUGUCGCAUGUUAUGUACUACGUUUAAUCCUAUGUGGAAAUGCAGAUACCGAAAUAUUACUGACAUGAAUUGAUAUUGAAUAUUGUGUAGAUGA